AUGGUGGCUGUUGAGGAUGAGGAGAUGCCCUCGACCCCUUGCAGUGAUUGCUCUAAUGUGUCCGUCGUGGACUGGGAUGGCCCCAAAGAUCCCCAGAAUCCAUUCAACUGGCCCACUUCCAGAAAAUGGCUAAUGACCAUCACUGCUCUGAUCACCACCUUCGUGGCCCUCAUGAAUGGCACUAUCAUUACAGUCGCCCAUGAAGCAAUUAACGAUGAAUUCAACGUCAGCGAUGCCACUUUCCCCAACUCAUACUGGCCCGUCGCCUCUUGGACGAUGGGUGGCGUCUUCUUCUGUCUUCUUAUUCUUCCCCUCAUGGAAGACUUCGGUACCCGUAUUACAUUCCUUUUGACCAACUUCAUCUUCUUAAUAUUUAUUAUACCACAAGCCGUUGCUCAGAAUUUCGCCACUCUCAUCAUCGUUCGCUUCUUCGCUGGUGGCUGCGUGGCCGUGCUCGGCAACGGCUCAGCAAGCAUCAUCGGCAAUCUCUUCGAGACAGAGAUGGCCCGCACGAAACCUGUCGCUCUCUGGAUCGUCGCCUAUCUCGGUGGAAGUAGUGCGGGGCCACUAAUCGGUGCACCUAUCUUCGCACAUCUGUCCUGGCGAUGGCUCUCCUACCUGCAACUCAUCUGGGUCGGCGCAUUGCUGCUCGUGAAUAUCGUCAUCUUGAAGGAAACCAGGGGAUCUGUUAUUCUGAAACGCCGAGCCCGGAAACUGCGAGAUAAGGGCGAAAAUGCCUACACGCAGCAUGAACUCCAAGCCGAGCCGCUACGCCAGGUCCUACUCACCAGCAUCCGCCGACCCUUCAAGCUGCUCUUCACCGAAUACGUCGUGUUCUUCUCCACGCUCUGGUCGGCCUUCACCGUCGGCACACUAUACCUGUUCACGCAAUCCGUCGAGCAGGUCUUCGUGGGACUGUAUAACUGGACGCCCGUGCAGGCAGGGUACGUCCAGGCGGCGGUGUUCAUCGGCGAAGUGUGCGGGUGGUUCUUCUCGUUAAUCUCUGCGAGAUUGUACUUCAACUCUUCGAAGCGCAAUAAGGAAAUCCCCGGGACGCCCAUUCCAGAGGCUAGACUAUA